AUGCCCCCCAAAGCGUUCUUCAAGGGUGUCGUCUUUGCGCUGUCAGGAAAGCUGGCUCAGACGCAGAAGGCAUAUGAGGACCUGAUUCGUCGCCACGGCGGAGAGGUUUCCUCUACCGUGACGGCGUCUGUGCAGUUCCUGAUCUCUACAGAUGAGGACGUGAAGGCCAAUACGCACAAAGUGGCUCUGGCCAAGGGGCGGGGGACACCGAUUUUACAAGAAGGCUACUUGGGAUGCUGCUUUGCAGCAAAGUCGCUGCUGGAUCAUGCCGCCUUUCUCAUCAAGGAAGUGGAGACAAAGGGGGAGAAGAAAAGGGAAUCCGAGGCGCCGGCGUCGGCUUCCAGCCCAUCCAAGAAACCCAAGACCGCGAAGACCAAGGAGCCAGCCGAGGGGAAGGCCUCAGCAGCUACCUCUGCGACGCCCGCUCCUUUUGCAACGACAGAAACCCCCGUCAUUGCCAAGAGUGGCCUGGCAGGCAAAGCUGCCGUCGUCCAAGAGGUGGCAAAGAAGGGAUUGAUGAUGAAGGGCACCCUGACAUGGAAUGUGGAGCUGGUGCUGAACGAUCCGGCCAAGGCCACUGACAAGUACUACAACAUGCAACUCUUGGCAAGCACAGAUGGCUCUGAAUUCUGGGCGGUGCAGCACUGGGGUUGGACCGGCCUGGAUGGCCGUGUGCACAUUGAUGGCCCGUUCACGGAGCUCCAUGCUGCCAAGGCAGUCUUUCGGAGGAAGUACCGCCAGAAGACAGGAAAUGUCUGGGGGCAGCUUGGAAUGACCUUCGAGGAGCUGCCGGGCAAGUACAGGUUGGUGAACCUGGAGCCAGGUUCUGGCGAUUCGAAGGGAAGGUGGCAGUUCUACAUGCACAACGCCAUCGAUGGUAAGGAGGUUGGGUGGUAUGACUACGAUGAUGCAGCCGCUGAGAGGUUGGAGAAAUACUGGCGUCAGUUCUGCGACCACCCUGACCUGAAGUUGGGAGUGCGCGUGGUUCACAGCGACUACUUUGCGUACGAGAUCAACUUCAACGAGCUGUGGCAAACAAACAUCAAGACAGGAACUCGUCGGGCGAUCCGGCGAUUCGUGGACGGAGAGGUUCCGGCGGACAUGCCUCCGCACAAAAUUCCUGAGCCUGCAGAACCUGCCAAGCCUCCAGAUGUGAAGGACAGCGAGGACGAGGAGGAAGAACCUGAACCUGAUUCUGAGGAUGAGGAAGCCGAGGCAAGCGCUGCACAUGCUGCACCGGCCAAGGCAGCAGAAGGUGCGAAAUCUGUUCCAGAGGAUCCCUCUGAUGCUGAGACUGUGCCUGCAAGCGACUCACUCAUCGCCGCGCUUCCGACGGUCUGGAAGCAGUUGGGGCGGCAGCAACAACUGGUGGUCUGCAGGUACGAGUCCAGCCAUGCAAGUGCAGAGCAGCCGGCAGGCCGUGCGGACAGUCGCUCUAGUGAGUGGCCAAAGGAGACUCCAUGGCACGGCGGAGGCGGUGCGCCAGGAGCCAUUGCAGCGGCAUGCUGUCCAAGCACGUCAAGCAGAGUCACAUCAAGCGCGGCAUCGAGCUGCGCGGCGAUUAGCAAUGGCGCUCGAGAAGAGCGACCAGGCGUGCAGCGAGGGACCGGUGCUCUCCGAGCUGAAGGCCAUCACGGCGUAAGGCGGAGUGUGAGUAGCAGUGGCCGCGCAGGCCUUGUUGCUAGCACUUGGUCUCCUGGAGGGAAAGGAACCCUCCCCAAAGGACAGAGCCGCCGGGAUCCAAGAGACAAAGGGAAGCCGUCACCAGGAGGCCACGACCGAGGCAGAGGCUCGGGGAAAGAGAGGGCUCGGAGCGCCGAGCGCGGGAGGACGGACUCUGUGCCUUACUCGGAGAAGAAGUGGAUCAGAUCCGAUGGCACUGAAGUGGAUGUCCAUGCUCAAAUCAUGGAGCUACGCAGUGCCCAUGACUUACUGGAUCUGGCCGGAGAAUUCGUGAAUGAGUUUGCAGUUUUCCAUGCGCUGGCGCCCCAGUCCAUGUGCCAGCGAUUGCGCGCCAUGGCGGCCUGGGAAGGCCAAACCGUGGCAGGACUGGUGUCCCAAUGGGUGGAGUUGCGACAUGCAGCCCUGAAGUGUGGAGAUGUGCCAAAAGACUCCUGGCCGGAUGGCGUGCUGCCCUUCAGUCCCGAUGGCCCAGGUCAUCCCGGCUUCCGGCGGGCGCGGCUGCUUCCGCUGCACAGCUUGGCGCCCCUUCGCGAGGCGGCCAUGCGGGCACCGAACCAGCGCCUAAUUGUCACGUGGACCACGGGCGCUUUUGCCAACCUUGCGCUGAACCUCGCGCUCUCCAUCCGCAAGAACGUGCCCGAGUUGGAGGACGCUUUGGUCGUCAUCUGUCUAGACCGUGAUUCACAACAACUGCUGUCGACUAUGAACUUUUCUGCCGUUUUGCUUCCUGGUCCAGCGGACGAUGAUGCUGUGAAGAACCCUUGGCAGAACGAUGAUCUCUGGAAGUUCAAGUAUCGCUUGAUGGCUUCCCUGAUUACCCUAGGAUUAUCAGCCUUAGUGCUGGACACAGAUGUGGUGCUGCUUUCCGACCCCUUUCUGCAUCUCGGAAAUGAUGCCGACCUGGAGGUCAUGACGGACCUUUUCUUUCCAGAGUCCCAGCUGCUGUCAACAACACUGCGCCCUGAAGACCACAUCAACACCGGAUUCGUCUUCCACAAGAACACUGGCGCAGCGCUACGGUUCAUUCUCGCGUUCCUGGAUUCCUUCGAUGCACGGGUCUGGAAGGGAUUUAAGCGGGACUGGUUCAACCAACGCGCUUUCAACAAGCUGGUGCUGGAAUGGGUGGACGCAGGUGCAGUGAAGGUGCUAUAUGGUGCCCAGGCAUGGUGUUCUUUACGGCCUGGACCUGCUAAUUGGACCAACGUGGGCAGCGUUCCAGCGACCCGAGUGUCGCGGACGUGCCGCAGGUCAGUUGACUUGAAGAUCCGCGUGCUUGAUCCUGCUGUCAUCGCUCAUGGCAUGAACUACUUCUGGCGACGGGCGCACCUCCUUCCCAAUCCCCUUCGUUUUGGAGAAGUUGCAGCAGUCCACGCCAAUGGUGUAGAGCCCAAGGAUUACUUCCUGCGAGAUAGAUGCCUUUGGUACUUGGACGACUUCGAUGAGCGCUUUGGCGAGCACCCUCGCUUCCUGAUAUAUGUCCACGCUCGAGGCGCUCCUUUGGCAGACGACUUCGAAGACCUGGCAGCCGCAGUGGAGGUAGCGAUGCUGCUGCGAAGACGCGUGAUCCUGCCAGACUCCAUGAACUGCCGCAAUUGUCCAGCAUAUGGGCCGUAUGGAUUCCACGCUUGGCCCCGAAGUGCAGAGGGUGAGGAGUUGGGUUGUACUUUCGACUACUUUUCGCGAGCCGGUCUGGCGAUGGGGGAGUGGCUACGAUUUGCUGCAGAGUCUGGAUUGGUAAAGCUUCCGCGAUUCAGGGCCCUUCAAAGAGCCAGGCUCCAGCGCCUCGAGGACGUGAAAGACGCCCUGGCGAAGUUGCGGGGCCGGGCAGCUGCCGACCUCGAGGCCCAGGCGCCGGUCCUGGAGUUCGGCGCUGAGAUUCCCAUCCGGGCGGUGCGGAACAUGCUCAAGGCCGCAGUUGGUGGUCAGGCCUUGGAUUCCUUGCCCUGUGCUUGGCGGGCAUGGCCUGCCACGACCUAUGCCUGCAGAGAUGGCUUCCUCGUCCCCAGUCACUCAGGGACGUUGCGAGCUUCUGGCUGGGGCCUGUCACGCUGCGACGGGAGUGCGCAGGCAGAAUGUGGCAUCCUUCCCUUCAUGUGCUGUGAAACCUAUUUCGGAUGGGCCGAUAAGUUGGAGGCUUUGGGACCAGGCGCGCCAGCAUGGGAUUUGCCAUGCGGCUGUGGCUUGAGCCACUGCAGGGAGAGCCGUCCGAGACCUGGCGAGGUCUGCUGCGAGCCUCUUGCAGAAGCCGCAAGGAAGAAGUUCGGUGUGAACUGCGGAUCGAAUCCCGGCCCGGUGGAUGCCCUGCCUCGACUCGUUCCGGAUGACACGGAUACAUACAGCAGCUCUGUGCUGCGGGAACUGGCCAAAGGGCGCCUACGCAAAGAGGAUGCGCAUGCGCUGUGCCUCACAAAUGCAGCAUUGCAUUUGGGCCAGGUCGGCAUCGAUGCACGACACCACUGCGAGGCGAUGCUGGAGAACCUUGCUGGCAAUAUGUGCGUCUUGCCAAGCUUUGCUCUCUGGCAUGUUCUGGCUGCCCCCAGGCAGUUCCUGGCUGCCCAGGAGCAUUGGGAGCAUGUGGAGAAGCCAAGGAUGACAUGGGGCAAGACGGAGCAGGAGGAGCACUGGCCAUGGACGGCGCCAGCUUGGCAGGCUUAUACGCUGUGUGAGAGUGAGAGCUUUUUUGUGCAGACAAAAGUCGCGGAAGCCAUGCUGAGCUGUGCAAGGUCAGCGGCGCUCCACCGGAUCGCGAAAGCUGACGACCACAAGCAGGUGAAAGGCGAUGAGAGGCUGCGAGUAUUGGCCUCCAAAGCCACGCGAGAGCUGGUUAACUGGGACAAGCUGAAGAAGCCACAGACCAUGUCCAAAAUUGUUUGGGCUAUGGCAAAGCUGGACCUGCGGCUACACAAGCUAGUCGCCAAGGUCUCGGACGAGGCGCUGCAAAAGCUGCCGGAGUUUGAGCCGCAACAGCUGGUGAACAUGAUGUGGUCAUACGCCACUCUGCAGAGCGAAGCGCCUUUGAACGACUUCGCUGGGGCGCUUCGGGGCCGGAUCUCCUCGCUGGCUCCCCUGGGCCGGGCCAACCUGUGCUGGGCCGUGGCCAAGCUCCAGGUGCGAGAAGAGUGGCUCAUGCGGGAGCUAGUCCAGGAGUGCCAAAGUGCUAUUCCGGAGAUGAAUGGCCAAAACUUGGCCAACACCAGCUGGUCCUUUGCCACGCUUCGGGUUGCUGACGAAAGAUUCUUUGAGUCCGUCGCAAAGGUCGUGGCUGCCCAGUGUAGUGAGUUUGCUCAGCAGAACAUCAGCAACACUGCCUGGGCGUUUGCGAAGCUGCAAAUCAAAAGGCCCGAGAUGAUGGCGGCCAUCUCACGAUGUGUGCAGCAGCGAGCUGCAGAGAUGCCGCCGCAGGGCAUUGCCAAUACGGCUUGGUCCUUUGCCACGCUCAACAUCAGAGACGACGGCCUCAUGUGGGAACCCGUGCGCAUGAUCCGGGUUUUCUGCAUACAGGUAGAGUCAGAUGCCGGGUGCUUCCGUAGUCAGAUGCGGGGUGCUUCAUUAGUUGCUCGCCACUGCCACUACUUCAAGGUGAUGCUGUGCGUUUCAUAUGGCUAA